AUGGCUACCAUUGGCUUCCAUUGCAGUAUCGCCGAUAGCGCCAAGUGGGCUGUCGCCGUGAACUUGUGUCACGGUCAGGGAGGUAUUCCUGAUCACGGCAUGGUUGCUGCUAAAGUCGAGCUGAUUGACCUCAUCAUGCCUGAACUCAAUGCCCUCGACGAACCAGACGUUGCUCCCGCUGCUGCACGUCUUCACUACAUCGUCAACAGACUGAACGAGAGCCUUGGAGGCGAUCGCGUGCUGAAGAUCUGUGACAACAAUGAUCCUCACCUCGCUCUCUUCCUCGCUGAGCACGAGGACGAGCGCUUCAUCCUGGUGACCAGCAUACUUGGCCGCUGGUAUGCCAUCUUGCGCCCAACCACCAUCUCGCCCGAGUCCGACUCUAGCACUACUAGCUCUGUCACCUCUCUCACCUCCGACUUUGUUGGUGUCAGCCUCGAGCCCUCUGUCGGCCCCGAGUCUCCUCCCGCUUCCGACUCUGGUGGCGCCAGCCUCAACUCUCCUGUCGGUUCUGAGUCUCCUUCUGCCAGCUCUGAUGGCAUUUCCGCUGUCAGCUCGAGUGCCACUCACGACACUAUCACCUGGGAAAACAGCUACGACAAUGACGAGGGCCACUCCUAUUUUGUCCCCUUCGACUCGGAUUUAGGCCGUUCUUCUUUUUGGGGACGCAUCUACUUCGGCAAUGAGGGCGACGAUGGUCCCAACUAUGGCCCCUUCUGA